AUGAAGCAGACAGCUAUCGCCGCCGCCUUUCUGGCAGCCGGUGCCACGGCGCAGAACUCGACGUCAACAAGGACUGAAUAUUAUAACACUUGCUCGAUCUCCUCCGGGGGUAUCGUAACGGCCGCCGUCACAGAAACCUACUGUCCGCCAUGCGAGGCGGCGGGUAUGACGACUUUUGCCGGUGGAUCUCUCACGACGUACACGACUAAAUUCCUCCAGGUUUGCCCCACCGGUCUUGCGGAGGCAACCUACACUGUCACCGAACCCUGCCCAAGCACCGGUCUUGCACGAGGAUCUGGCUAUGUUCCACAAGGAUUCACUGUAACGACUGUGCCAUGCUCUGUCUGCGAAGCAGGCAAGUCACAGUAUGCGCAGACCACGCCCGGCCCCGCUCUCGCUUCCGCUCUCGCUGCUCCAGCACCGGCCCCCACAGUCCCAACUGCGCUAGCCAAACCCGGAAGUGCCGCACCACCUGCUGCUGCUGGCGCCCCUGCCGCUGGUGCCCCUGCUGCUCCUGCCGCUGCCGGUGCCGCAUCGCCCGCCAACGCUGAAAAUGCUGCCGUAGCUCCUGGUGCUGCAGCUCCCGCCGAGAGUGGCGCUGCAUCUCCCGCCGAGAGUGGUGCUGCAUCUCCUGCCGAGAGUGGUGCUGCCUCUCCCGCCGAGAAUGGCGCUGCAGCUCCCGCCGAGAGUGGCGCUGCAGCUCCCGCCGAGAGUGGCGCUGCAUCUCCCGCCGAGAGUGGUGCUGCAUCUCCUGCCGAGAAUGGCGCUGCAUCUCCCGCCGAGAAUGGCGCCGCAGCUCCGGCUGGAUCGUCUGCCGGAGCCCCUGCAUCUUACCCACUUCCAUCUCAGGCUGGCCAGGUCGCCCUUGCGAGUGGCGCCCCAGCCUCCAACGGUAACAGCACUGUUCCCUUCAAGGGUGCUGCGAGCCUAGUUUCGGCGAUCGAGAUCUCAUCCUUCAUAACUGUACUGGUGACUCUCAUUACUGGAUUCGCUUUUGUACUAUGA